AUGACACACAAAGCCAGUUUGUGCUCAGUUUCCCUCAGAGUUGAGGGAAUGACUUGUGACUCGUGUGUCCAGUCCAUAGAGCAGAGGAUUGGGUCUCUAGACGGGGUGAUACACAUAAAGGUGUCUUUAGAGCAACAGAGAGCUACUGUCAUUUUUGACCAGAGUCAGCAGAGCCCCACGUCUCUAGUAGAGGCCAUCGAGGACAUGGGAUUUGAUUCUAGUGUACCAGGGAGCAGCACAGCCACUCCAUUGUCCACAGAUACCCACCUGCUCUCUACCUCAGGGUUGACACCUGCAGCCCAACAGGAAGCUUUGGAAAAACUGUCACAAAUUCAAGGAGUGCUGGAUGUCCGAGAGAGCCUGGCACAGUCAGGUUUCACUGUCACUUUCAUCCCAUCCCUGACAUCUGUACAGCAGCUGAGGGAGGUAGUGGAUGGAGCAACACCUCUAGAGGUCCAAACUCCUGGCAGCCCCACGCUAAAAGGCCUUAAAUUGUCUCAGCCAGACGCUGAGGAGGACAGAGCUGCAAUUCUGAAGUUGUGCAUUGAAGGAAUGACCUGUCACUCCUGCACCACCACUAUCGAAGGGAAGAUUGGGAAACUGAAAGGAAUUGAAAAGAUCAAAGUUGUUUUAGACUCUCAGGAAGCUACAGUCGUUUACCUGCCUUACCUCAUCUCUGUCCAAACCAUCAUCGACCAGAUUGCUGUGGCGGGUUUCAAUGCCUCUGUUAAGUCCAAGCCCCGCCCCCUGCAGCUGUCCCCCAGAGAAAUCGAACGUUUUGUUGAUUCUCAGAAAUCGACAGCACCUUCAUCGUCGGAAACAUCGGAGGAGACGGAAAUCUUUAUAGACACAGUUCUUGUCAUGCUCAGGGUAAAAGGCAUGCACUGCCGCUCUUGUGUGGUCAAUAUUCAAGACAAUAUUUCAAAGCUGCCUGGAGUUUCAUCAGUGGAGGUCUUUCUGGAGAAGGAGAAGGCCACAAUCUGCUAUGAUCCUCUGAGGAUCACCGUCCCUGAUCUGCAGAGAGCUAUCGAAGCACUGCCUCCAGGGAACUUUAAGACUGAAUCUUGGGACUCUUUGUUUGCACUCAGUCCUGCACCUACAUCACCACCAUCUGCCUCGUCUGCAUCACGGCUUUGCUUCACCCAGCCUCUGAAUUCUGUCAUCAAUAUUCACAUUGAAGGCAUGACAUGCAACUCCUGUGUGCAGUCUAUCGAAGGUAUGAUCUCCCAAAGAAAGGGGGUGAUGUCGUCCCGUGUCUCUCUAGUUAAUCAUGAGGGGACUUUUGAGUAUGAUCCUCUCCUGACCUCACCAGAAGAGCUGAGGGAGGCCAUAGAGGACAUGGGCUUUGAUGCAACUCUACCUGAGACCAAUUCCCUGCUGCCUGUGGUGCCAGAACCCGGUUUUCCAAAAUCUCCAAGUACAGCACGUGUUCAAGAGAAGGAGUUAGACGAUUGUCGCAACAAAACCCCACAAGGACACACUGGAGACACACCAUCUAAAUGCUACAUUCAGAUCGGAGGGAUGACGUGUGCUUCUUGUGUGUCAAACAUCGAGAGGAACCUUAAAAAUGAACAUGGCAUUUAUUCCGUUCUGGUAGCACUUAUGGCUGGUAAAGCAGAGGUCCGCUAUAAUCCUAAAGUCAUGGACCCCCUGAGCAUCGCUGAGUGUAUAAAAGAGCUCGGCUUCACCGCCACUGUGAUGGAGAAUUACGAAGGCUCGGAUGGAAACCUAGAACUUGUGGUCAGAGGGAUGACGUGUGCAUCUUGUGUUCACAAAAUUGAAUCCAGCCUUGUGAAAGAAAAGGGGAUCAUAUAUGCCUCAGUUGCCUUGGCAACCAACAAAGCACACAUCAAGUUCGACUCUGAAAUUAUAGGGCCACGAGACAUCAUCAAGUUGAUUGAGAAACUGGGAUUUGAAGCAUCUUUAGUAAAGCGAGACCGAACUGCCAGCCACCUGGACCACAGCAAAGAGAUACAACAGUGGAAGAAAUCCUUCCUUGUGAGUUUGAUAUUCUGCGUGCCUGUGAUGGGAAUGAUGAUCUACAUGAUUAUCAUGGACCACCAGAUGAAAGUUUCACAUCACCAUAAUGCUACAGUGGAGGACCUCAACCGUUUACACUCCUCCAUGUUCCUGGAGACUCAGCUGCUCCCAGGCCUCUCCGUAAUGAACCUUCUCUCGUUUAUCUUCUGUGUGCCUGUACAGUUUAUUGGAGGUCGUUACUUCUACAUUCAAGCCUACAAAGCCUUGAAACACAAGUCCGCCAACAUGGAUGUGCUGAUCGUUUUGGCCACAACCAUAGCAUUCAGCUACUCGUGCAUUGUUCUGCUUGUGGCCAUGGUGGAGAAAGCUAAAAUCAACCCCAUCACUUUCUUCGACACGCCUCCGAUGCUUUUUGUCUUCAUCUCUCUGGGACGCUGGCUGGAGCAGAUUGCUAAGAGUAAAACAUCUGAAGCUUUGUCCAAACUGAUGUCUUUACAAGCUACUGAGGCUACAGUCGUCACCCUCGGCAGUGAUAAUAGUAUUCUUCGUGAGGAGCAGGUGGAUGUUGAGCUGGUGCAGAGAGGUGAUGUGGUGAAAGUCGUCCCCGGAGGGAAGUUCCCCGUCGAUGGGAGGGUCAUUGAGGGACAUUCGAUGGCUGAUGAGUCUCUCAUCACAGGCGAGGCCAUGCCGGUGACAAAAAAGCCCGGGAGCUCAGUGAUCGCAGGCUCCAUCAACCAGAACGGCUCUCUGCUCAUCAGCGCUACUCAUGUUGGGCAGGAAACCACCCUGUCUCAGAUUGUUAAACUCGUGGAGGAGGCUCAGACUUCAAAGGCUCCCAUUCAGCAGUACGCAGAUAAGAUCAGCGGCUACUUUGUCCCCUUUAUUGUCGGCAUUUCUGUGCUUACGCUGAUCGCCUGGAUCGUCAUUGGGUUUGUAGACUUCAGUCUUGUGGAGAGCAUCUUUCCUGGUUAUGAUAAAAGCAUUAGCAAACCAGAGGCAGUGAUCCGGUUCGCCCUCCAGGCCUCCAUUACAGUGCUGUGCAUCGCCUGCCCCUGUUCUCUUGGCUUGGCAACCCCGACAGCUGUCAUGGUGGGCACAGGGGUUGGAGCUCAGAACGGCAUCCUGAUAAAGGGCGGAGAGCCUCUUGAGAUGGCGCAUAAGGUCCAAUCAGUGGUGUUUGACAAGACGGGGACCAUCACCUACGGUGCUCCAAAGGUUGUCCAGGUCAAGAUGGUUGUGGAGGGGAAUAAGAUGCCUCGCUCCCGCCUACUGGCCAUCGUUGGCACAGCUGAAAACAACAGCGAGCAUCCACUGGGAGCAGCCAUCACCAAGUACUGCAAACAGGAGCUCAGCACUGAAUCUCUCGGCACGUGCACAGACUUCCAGGCAGUGCCGGGCUGUGGCAUUCGAUGUCAGGUCAGCAACACGGAGACUCUGCUGAAGCAGCUGGACAAUGACGGCGAGGACAACAACCAUCGCAACAGCGUCCUCGUCCAGAUCGGCGACACUCUGACAGCCACCAGCUCCCAUCCACUCAUCAUGGACCCGCAGCCACUUAGUUUGGUUCAGACAGCCAGUUUUAUUGUCCUGAUCGGCAACAGGGAGUGGAUGAGAAGAAACUGUCUGAUCGUGGGUCCAGACAUCAAUGAAGCCAUGGUGGAACAUGAGCGCAGAGGUCGUACGGCAGUUCUAGUAGCUGUAGACAAUGAGCUGUGUGCGAUGAUAGCUAUAGCUGACACAGUGAAGCCCGAGGCGAAGCUGGCAGUGGACACUCUGACGAGCAUGGGGCUGGAAGUUGUUCUGAUGACUGGAGACAACAGCAAGACGGCUCGGGCCAUCGCUGCUCAGGUGGGCAUCAGGAAGGUGUUUGCAGAGGUGCUGCCCUCCCAUAAGGUGGCCAAAGUGGAGCAGCUGCAGCAGACGGGAAGAAUAGUCGCCAUGGUGGGGGACGGGGUUAACGACUCGCCUGCUCUGGCCAUGGCAGACGUCGGCAUCGCCAUAGGAACUGGGACAGACGUGGCCAUAGAGGCAGCAGAUGUGGUGUUGAUCAGGAAUGAUUUGUUGGAUGUGGUUGGCAGUAUUGACCUCUCUAAAAAGACCGUCAAAAGGAUAAGGAUCAACUUUAUCUUUGCUCUCGUCUACAACCUGGUUGGAAUUCCUAUUGCCGCUGGUGUGUUCCUUCCUGUUGGUCUGGUGUUACAGCCGUGGAUGGGUUCUGCUGCGAUGGCGCUGUCCUCUGUCUCUGUUGUUUUAUCGUCUCUUCUACUCAAAUGUUACACUAAGCCCACCGCUGAGAAGCUGGAGGCCAAAUUUGGGAACAGCAGGCAGCAGGGCAGCUUGUCUGACGUCAGCGUCCACAUCGGCAUGGGAGAUGUGCGCCGUCCCUCCCCCAAACUCAGCCUGCUGGAUCGCAUCGUGAGCUACAGCCGAGCCUCGAUCAACUCGCUGCGCUCCGACAAGCACUCGCUCAACAGCCUGGCGCUCAACGAGCCCGACAAACACUCCCUGCUGGUGGAGGAGACGCUGUGUGAGGAGAUGUGCUGAGGAGGCGCAGCUCACGUCGCCAACUAAGACUUUUAUUACGCUGAAAUACGGUAACUGCAAUUGUUUAAGACAAUGAAAGACUUUCUAUAAAUCCUGGUCCAUCCUUCCGCUGUAAAGAGCAUCUGAGCAGAAAUAAUUUUACUCCUAA